GCUGAACGAAGUGUAAAGGAAUUAAAGGAAAAGUUUCUGCAAGGAAAGACCACUGACUUGGUAAAGUGAAAUAAAUGUGAUUUUCCAGAUGGUAGUCAGGAUUCAAGAUAGAUCAGGAUCGAUAUAUUUUUAUUUGAAAUACUUUUUUCGAUGUCUCUCAUAUCUUCGUCAAUGAUGAUUUUGAAAAUAAAAAAAAUGUGCACAUUUUUAACAACCUAAAUAGGCAUGCACAUUGAGUUAUGAUCACAGAAGAGUGCGUAUAUGGCACGGUAACACAUAAUUUUUGCAAAUAUUCUGAAAAUCUCUGCAAAGAGUCACUUUUCAUGACAGUAUGUAGAGGGUUACUGACUGAGCAGUAUUUUCCUUAGUCUGGUGUGGUAGGUGAUUGAAAGGAAAGUUGGGGAUGAGACCCGCAAGAACGCCACGUUCUUUAGACUUCCAACAGUCCCUCGGCCUCAGGAUUGCCGCGUGGGCGAACCUGUUACAUCUUCUCCCUCGCGCGUUACUCUCUCUCGCAGGUAACAUGUAGGACCCGCGCGACAAUCUUGAAGGACUGCUAGCAAUCUAAAUCAGUCUAGACGUUCUCGCGCGUGUCUUUCCCUCGAAACGCCUGCCACGCAAGCCAUACUUUCAGAGUGGUCUUCUUCCGAAAGAAAACUAUUUGCAUUUUUUUCUUGUUGUAGUAUUCAUUAUUAAAAUUAACGGUUUUGUAAGACACUUGGACAAAGAAACCGUGUUUCAGAAGUUUUUAUAAUUAUUCUUUUUUUGUCCACAGAGCAAAGUUGAAGACAUUCACGUUGUGUGCGGAUUGCUCAAAGAUUUCUUCAGGAAACUGGCCGAACCACUCCUUACGUACAAACUUUGGUCGGCAUUCGUGGAUGCUGCAAGUAAGACCGUUAAUUAAAUACCAUUUUCAACUCCCGGAAAGUUCAACUGUAUUUAACUGAGCGAGUUGGAAUAAUCUUGAUUAAUUAGGCCAUUUUCGAGUUCCCCCGAACCUCUGUAUCAAAGCGAGUGUAAGUGCUCAGCCUUUGAUAUGGAAAUAAUUUUCAUUCUCCUUUAAAUGAAACUCAUUUUCACAAGAAAGGUUGUACACUUGGCCUCAUUUUGAAAGUGAGGGUUUUGGAACUCGGAAGUGGCCUAUUAGUAGGAACGCGAACUCUUUUUUUUGUUUUGCUUUUAUUUCACCGUGUGCUGCAAAACUCAGUCAAUCAGAGCUCAACGCAAACACGUGUAACCGGCAGAAAGCGCGGUAAAACUCAUAGAAGCGAUUCACGAUUGCUUUUGUUGUUUCUUAUUGGCUGAAAAGUGUCGGGAAAGAGGCUGAGCGCGUGUUUCUUUCUUUUUUUCUUCAGACAAGACAGAUGAAGAUGAUAGUGCGAGUGCUACAUAUCAAGCGGUCAGCGAACUGCCUCAAGCGAACAGAGAUACACUGGCCUUUUUGAUGGUUCAUUUACAAAAGUAAGGCUCUUUGUAUGAGCAUUUUCCUUUUGCUUGUCAUGUAAUUUCCUCCAGUUUCUCAGCGCAAGAAGAUGGUGAAGUUGAAACGUACCAUAGUCAUUUCGACUUUUUUUCUAUCAAAAGCUGCUUCGUUUUUCAGUCAUUGGUUUUUUUUAGUCGUGUUUCGUAGUAUCGAGAUGCUAUCCGGCAGGAUUGUAUUUCUUUCAAUCUCUUUCGUUUUAUUUUACAGUCACACCCCUUCUAUCGGCAUUUUUUUCUCAACAAUUGCAUUUAAGGUGGAUUUCUACUAUCGCGUAAUUUUUACGUACGCACGAGCUUAAGUUUACGUGCGUAAAUAAAAUACAGUCAUGUAUGUUUAAUGUCAAUGUUUCAUGGGAAACCUUCAACUCUUUCGAGCAUUUUCUCUCAUCCACUUUUUUUUUGCGUAAUAUGCCAUUUCUUUGUUCCAAAAACCCUCAUUUUCGAAACGAAGUUAAGAGUAAAACCUUUCUUGUGAUAUUGAGUUUCAUUUGCAUCAGAAAAAUAAAACGGUUUCAUAUCAAUGGCUUCACUCAUAGCCUCGCUUUGAAACAGAGGCUUUGUGCAACUAGGAUAUGGUCUAUUAAUUUCUCCAUUCCUUUUUAGGGUGGCUCACUGCACCGAAUGCAGAAUGUCGUCCAGUAACUUGGCCAAAGUUUUUGGCCCUACUCUUGUCGGAAACUCUUCAACGGACAUUGAACCAAUGCAAAUGUUACAGGAGGCGAAAUGGCAGCCCAAGGUAAUGUGAGAGUUCCAUCUUUAGCCUGCGUAGAAGGGGCGCUCGAGAAACCUCUGUUGCGCGCCCCGAUCUCUCAGCUGUUACUUUCUAGCGCCUGCUACGCUGCUAUCUUUUCUUAGCCUCCUUUCUUGGUUAUUUAAACCUUAUUUUGAGAUUUCAGGAUAGCUAUUCCAGGAACGCAGACUUUUAGGAGUAAGAAAGAAAGAAAGCCUGCGAGCAACUUGAAAAAUGAGAAAGAAGCACUGAUCUUAUUGGUAAGGAGCUUAAGCAACGAUGGCGGCCGCUGCGAUCGUGAACAUCCCAUGACGAAAUUUUCAUUAUAUUUUCCAACUUAGAUAACGUUCGUUAAGAAUUCAAUUUCCAAAAGAAUUUGCCUUCAUCGGACUAAUUUAGCGGGGUGUAGUUAUCCGAUGUCGCUAUGAGGCUUGAACAAAAACGUGAAUUCACUUUUAAAGUGACGUUUUUGCUGCUGUACCCCGUUGCACUGCCGUUGCUCAAGCUCUUUAAUCUCUCUUUAGUCCUCGCCCCCUUCUUUGUCCUUCUGCACCUGCUCUAAGUUCUGUACGACCAUGGUUAGAAAAAAAAAGAGUUUAUAGGAAACCAGGAGAUGGGCUCCUGGGAAAACUAACUCGCGCUAACUUCGCCCAAAAUUGUAGCCUUAGAGAAGUCUUGAUGCUCCAAGGCCUAAAACACUAACCGUGCCUUAACAAAAUGCCAACCUCAUUACAUGACUAGUAAAACGUUCAUUAACGUGUUCAAUUAAAGUAGAAAAUUCAGUCCCACAAUGUAAGCUGGAGUAACAAUUUAUUUUUCGUGACAACUGAACGUAUGUAAUUGUGGUUUAUAGGUUGUUGAGCGACUCCUGUCGAUGCCCGUUGACUACUGGAACCAAUUCAUAAACACAGAUGAUGAGAACAUACGAUCUCCCCCAUAUAACCCUUCCACACACCGGGCGGACGGAACUCCUAUCACCCCCGAGUGUAGACCAGGUAAG